CAUUUCUCGCGCGCCGCCGCGGGGCAGGCUGGGAUCACAUCCAGGUCGCCGCCGAGGCGAAGGGAGCGUUGCAGCGGCGCCGCCAUCGUCCCGCGUCUCUCCGCAGGCCCCGGCCCCCGCCCGCCGCCGCCAUGGCGAUGCAAGCGGCGAAACGCGCUAACAUUCGGCUGCCUCCAGAAGUUAAUCGUAUCCUGUAUAUCAGGAACUUGCCCUACAAAAUCACAGCAGAGGAAAUGUAUGACAUUUUUGGGAAAUACGGGCCCAUCCGACAAAUCAGAGUUGGGAACACUCCUGAAACGAGAGGAACAGCAUAUGUUGUCUAUGAAGACAUCUUUGAUGCCAAAAAUGCUUGUGAUCACCUGUCAGGAUUCAACGUGUGCAACAGAUACCUUGUUGUUUUGUACUAUAAUGCAAACAGGGCAUUCCAAAAGAUGGAUACAAAGAAGAAAGAAGAACAGCUUAAACUUCUCAAGGAAAAAUACGGAAUUAAUACAGACCCACCAAAAUAAACUCAUCUUUCUCUGGAAAAACUGAUUUUAAGCCUUACCCUUGUGUUCUUGAACUAAACAUAGGGAUUCUCAAUCAAGUCUAACUUUUCUUGUUUUGUUGAUAUGCUCUGACUUGAGUGUUUACAUCUUAACAUUGGAAAUAAAUAAAUGAGGAACAUUACAAAAUCUGCUUUAAGAUAAGUCCCCUUAAAUGGACAUGAUUUCUGCACAUUGUAAGGGUGAACUGGUAAAUGUGGCAUAACCACAGUUGUGUUUCUAGCAGGAUCUUAGAAAAUGGGACCAAGUACGUUGAGUGAUUCCGGCCUACUGAAGUUAUCACCGUUCUCCAGUGCUGAUUUUAAAUACAGCAGCCAGUUAAUACAAAGAGUUAGUUCAAAGGGCUCUGCAUGAACUGUCUACCUAAAGGUGAAUUUCACUUGCCACUUACUAAAAAUGAGGUAUGGCAACUAAACAAAAGUGUCCCUGCCCCAGGGUGGUGGGGGUUUUUCUUUUUUAUUCUUUUUCUUUUUUUAACAAACAAGUAUGGUUUGAUAGUUCCUCACAUCUGUAGUAUUGUACAGAAGUUACUGUGGCAUUCUGCCUCUGGGAGUGUUCGAAGGAGCUUAACUCUGUUACUUGUUUGUUAGGCUGCUUCUUGCUAGAAACAAACAGAACCUGAAUCCAUGUUUAUAACAAAGUUUCUUUUGCAAGCUAUAGGAAAUGAAUGGCCUUUUAAAAUAACUGCUUAGGUGACUUCAGUGAAAGCGUCUUGUUCCCAGUGAUCAGGACAGAAUAGCUGUAGCGAAAUAAUUUUGAUCAAAUAGUGCAUGGCUGCAGGCCUGAUUUCAUGUCAUAAGAGAUUUUUAUUAUGUGUAUCAGGUUUGUGCUGAAGUUAAUAGAAGUAAUAGGAAUACACUUCCUGUCAUUUAAUGUAGAGAACACCUGAGCCAAAGCAAGGCAGUAAUGAUAAUCAUAAUUUUAUAUACCUUAAGGUGAUUGUUUUCUACCCAAUGUUUUUGAACUUUAAUAUAUUUCAUGUACAUGGAUUUUAGAUGUACUAUCUACUGGAGGGGAAACAGACUUAAAACCUUAGGCUCUUUUCUGAAAAUAUCAGCAGUCAUGUCUGGUGAAUAAACACUGGUGUGAAACUGAGUAUGCCUAACUAGUGUAGUCAAAAGUAAGCUCUGCCUCUGCUCUGGAGCAAGCAGAAGUUGUGUGAUUGUUGGUAGGUACCCUGCCUCUGGGGACGCUUUAUUACCUUGGAUUUGAUGUUUAACUUGUGUCCACACAACUCCCAGCCAGUGCAGGACCUGAGCAGAUGGAAGCAUAUUUUGCCUGAGGAGUUGUAAUUUAGGUUUAAAAUUUUUUAGUGUGGUAUAUUGUCAUAACAGAGUACUUUCAAUUCUUAUUCUUAAAUUUUUGUGGAAAAUAUUACUUCAGACAUGCUGUUCUUGUAUUUGUUUAGUAAAAGAAUAAAUAUGCUUGUUCGCAUAGCUGCUUUUUAAUCAAGGCUUGCUUUAUGCAUUGCCAAUUCUGUGUGUAACAUUAAAAAGAAAAAAGUCAUUCA